CUCGCGUCCUGCCCUCUGCCAGCUCUUCCUCGUCCGGCUACCGACCAGUCUGCUCGACUGUCUUCUCCAUAGACUUUGCAUCUGUACAUCUAGCCAUCCAUUUCUCUCUAGGACUCCACGAUAAUUCGAUAGAUUCUCCAGCCUCUCUCCAGACUGCCUGCUGCACUCUAAUCACGAUGUCGCCUGUCGCCGUCUCUCCAGCUCUCGAAUCUCGCUUUACUCCUGUCUUGGAUGCACUUCGCACAGCCCCUACAGCGCCAGAUGCAAAGGCCGCCGCUGACCGCCUUGCCCGGGAGAUAUCCAAAGCUGGUCUCGAAACAUUGAGCGAUGCCAAUAUACUGUCCACACUACACGCAUUCGCCACAAACAAGAAGUCCGGUUAUGAGCGCGAAUCUGCUGCUGUCGCCUUCCAAUCGAUGUGCACUAUCAUUGGUGCCCCCGUUGCACCAUUGCUCCUGCCUUCGCUACCCACUCUCUUCGACCUAUACAUGGACAAGGGAGAUGUGGUUCGUUCUGCGGCAAGCGCCGCCGUCAAAGGCAUCCUGAAGCUGUACCCGCCGGAGUCUACCCGAGUGCUGUUUCGAGCGCUGGAGGACAUCCUCGACAGCGGUAAAUGGCGCACGAAGGUCGGCGUACUAGAUUCUAUCAAGAGUUUCUCCACUACCGCUCGGGACGCUGUCGCGAAUGAGCUUGGAACUACCAUUCCGAAGGUAGAGGCUGCGAUGCAUGACACGAAACAGGAGGUGUCUUCUGCUGCUAUCAAAUGCGCGACAGCGCUCUGCUCCACACUCGCUAAUCCCGAUCUCAGCCCUCAUAUCCCGUCUCUCGUCAAGUGCAUGGCCAACCCUGAUUCCGUCCCUGCCUGCAUCAAGGCCCUCUCCUCAACGACCUUUGUGGCCGAGGUCACCGCUCCGGCACUGGCUGUGCUUGUCCCGCUAAUGAUUCGCGCCUUGAAUGACCGAUCGAUGGAAGUGCAACGGAGGACGGUCGUUGUCAUUGACAACCUUGUGAAGCUGGUCCGGGACCCGAACGUGGCUGCCACGUAUUUGAGCCCUCUUGUAGAUGGUGUGGAUAAGAUUGCGAAGGGGGCGGCAUUCCCUGAGGUCCGCGCAUUCGCAGAAACAGCGUUGAACACGCUCCUCAAGUCCGGCGCGUCCAAAGAUGGUGCUCCCCCAACUCCCCGCGACAUCGUAGCGGAAUCGUCUUCUGUGCUGUCUGCGCUGCUCACCCUGCUGCCCGGCGAGCUUGCUGUCAUCUCUGCAAAAAAUCCGAACGGCCCGCGUAUCCCGUGCCAUCCUCUGCUAAAGGCUGUUCUCGAGUUUGAAGCAGACUUGACGGCCGAUCUGGUCCACGACAGACGAUUCUCGGAUGCAGAGGUCUGGAAACGCUGCAUCGCUUCAUUCCUUGCGCCUUGGUUCACUGGCGGGAGCGAAGCCGCAUCGAGCUUCGCAGAGCUCGUCCGCUCACACUUCUACGCUGUCGACAAGGCAAAGUAUGCAGUAGCAGACGAUGGGUCUUCAGAGGAGGGCGAACUCCUGUGCGACACCCAGUUUUCGCUGGCAUAUGGCGCCCUCCUCCUGCUAUCGCACACGCGCUUACGCCUGAUCCGUGGUCGUCGCUACGGAAUACUCGGUACGAAUGGAUCAGGAAAGUCGACGCUCAUGCGUCAGCUACGCGAUGGAAAGGUGGAAAACUUUCCUCCGCAGGAUCAGUUGCGAUGCGUCAUGGUCGAGCACUCGCUCCAGGGCGAAAAUAUCUCGCUGUCUGUCAUCGACUUCAUCGCGUCAGAUAAGGCCCUAGCUGGUAUUCCACGGUCGAAGAUCCGUGAUCAGCUAUUGGAAGUUGGCUUUGAUGAUAGCAGACAGGCCGAGAUUGUCGGCGGAUUAUCUGGCGGCUGGAAGAUGAAGCUGGAGCUGGCCAGAGCGAUGCUUUACCACGCUGAUUUGCUGUUACUUGACGAGCCUACCAAUCAUUUGGACCGAGCAUCUGUACAAUGGCUCGAACAAUACCUCAUGGCCCAGAAGAACGUUACUUGUCUCAUUAUUAGUCACGACUCGGGAUUCCUUGAUACGGUAACGACCGAUAUAAUUCAUUACGAGUCCAAAAAGUUGGUGUAUUAUCCGGGCAAUUUGUCCUCGUUCGUCGAGGAACAUCCAGAGGCCAAGUCGUACUACACUCUUGCGGCAACGUCCGUCAAGUUCUCCUUCCCCCCUCCUGGGUCCUUGAUGGGCGUGCGCAGCAAUACGCGCGCCAUCCUCAAGAUGACAAACUGCACCUUCACAUAUCCUGGACGGAGCACGCCGAGUCUCUACAAUGCCAGCUGCGCAUUGUCGCUCUCGAGCCGAGUCGGCAUCGUAGGCCCUAAUGGCGCUGGAAAGUCCACGCUUGUCAAGCUUUUGACGGGAGAGACAGAGCCGCAGGAGGGCACUGUAUACAAACAUCCUGCUCUUCGGAUUGGAUAUGUCUCUCAGCAUGCAACGCACCAUAUUGAGCGUCAUCUUGAAAAGACCCCGGUUCAAUACAUCCAGUGGCGUUUCCAGGACGGCCACGAUAGGGAGAUCCUAGAGAAGGCAACGCGCGUCCUCACAGACGAGGAUAAAGCUUUACUAGAGACCGAGUUCGUCGGAAGGAACGGACAAAGGCGCAAACUAGAGCUGAUCAUGGGAAGGCAAAAGCUCAAGAAGUCUUUACAAUAUGAGAUCAAGUGGCGUGGGCUGGAUCAUCAGUUCAACAGCUGGAUACCGAGGGAAGAAUUGCUUCAGAAGGGCUUUGGAAAGUUGGUGCAUCAGUUUGAUGACUUGGAGUCCUCGAGAGAAGGAGCAGGCCAACGUGACACGUCGGCUCAUAUCGUUCGUAAACAUCUGGAGGAUAUUGGGCUGGACGGAGAUAUCGCCCAGUACAACGAGAUAUCUGGUCUUUCUGGAGGCCAGAAGAUCAAGCUCGUCAUCGCUGCGUGUCUCUGGAACAAUCCUCAGAUCUGUGUGCUCGACGAACCGAGUAACUUUUUGGACCGUGAAGCAUUGGGUGGACUGGCCGUCGCCAUUCGUGACUGGGCAGGCGCUGUGGUCAUCAUUUCUCACAAUGAGGAGUUCGUGUCUGCAUUGUGUCCGGAGAUAUGGAACGUCGAGGCUGGCCGGAUGACGCACAAGGGCAAGGUUGCCGUCGUAGAGGAGGCGUUCGCAUUCAAGUCUCCGAAAGGCAGCGGUGCCAACACGCCUGUGCGCUCGCGCCUGCAGACACCGGCUGCCUCGGCGAGUGCCACUCCUGCCGGAAGCGGGGCGGAGGACAAGCCGCCCGGAGAUGGCACCGCGUUGCCUGUCAUCAGGAAGAAGAAGAAGCUGACCCGUAACCAGAUCAAGGCCCAGGAGGAGCGCAGGAGGCUGAGAAAGCUGGCGUGGCUCACUCAUGGUGGCCCGAAGCCGGAGGAUACGGACAGCGACGCCUAGUAGGAUUUUGCGCCGUCGUUUGACGUCUAGUUGUCUUGAUGGUGUCUGUUGAGCUGCAUGUAGCGUAACUUAUUGACCUAGAUUUGCAAUCGUCAUACAGGGUAUUAUCUCGUGGCCGAACGGGGUUUUUCUCGACAUAGAUCGGGGGUACACAGUUAUACGCGUUCACGGUACACAUUGUGCUUUAUAGCAGUACAGGUUAAGCGGAUCGUGUAAUGAGAUUAGUAGUAGUAUGUAUGCGGAUGAGUAGAUUGCGAAUAAAUACGGCGAGCCCUGUGUUGUGUCUAAGGAGGAUGAGCAGGGACAAUAAAUAUACGUACGCGAGAGCGCAACUCUAGACAAUGCCGAACGAUGGAAUGAAAGAGAAUAAGUUAUGUGUAAAAAUAAACUUGUGCAGGCGCGAAGCCCACUCUAAUCCGCUCGA